AUGACUGAGGCUCGCCAAAAGAUGGAGAGCCUCGAAAGCCUUGGUAUUAAGGAGGGCGUGAAAAUCAGAAGAGCCGUCACCGGGGCGCUGAUUUAUGAGAUUCCCGGAGAAAACGGUAAUGAGCUUGCGGACAAAUUGGCCCUCAAGCUCAGACAGGCCCUCUCCGGGAAGGAGGGUGUAAAGAUUCAGCGCCCCUCAAAGACAGCAGAGAUAAGAAUGAGGGGACUAGACGAGGCAGUUACCCCCUCAGAGAUCGGAGAAGCAAUCUCUAGAGACGGAAACUGCCAAGAGGAGGAAGUAUCCGUGGGGAAAUAA